AUGAAUCAACAUAAAGAAACAACAUGUCCACAAAUGACGGUGAAUUUUGAUGCUCAAUCUGAACGGCAAGUGUCGAUUUAUUCACCACCGUUUUAUUCCUCACCGACAGGAUACAAAAUGUGUGCUCGUCUCUAUUUAUAUGGUGAUGGAAAUGCACGUCGUACUCAUAUGUCUCUCUUUUUCGUUUUGAUGAGAGGUUUACAUGAUUCAUUACUUCAGUUUCCUUUCACUUAUAAAGUUACAUUUUGUUUGUUUGAUCAAAGUGGCGAACAACAACAUAUCAUUGAUUCAUUUCGUCCCGAUCCAAAAUCAAAUAGUUUUCAAAAACCACGAUGUUAUAUGAAUAUUGCUAGUGGAAUUCCAAAAUUUGUCUCAUUAGACAAAAUUCAACAGCAAAAUAAUCGAUAUAUCAAAGAGAAUACAAUGUUCAUCAAAGUGAUGGUAGAUUUUGUAAAUUUGCCAAAAACAAUAUUAUCCUAUACAGUGAGUUUAAAUCCGGGUCUACCAACACAUUGUCAACAACGAUUGAUACAACAAGAAAUAGAACGAAGGGUACAAAUGCAAUCUCAAAAAAAUUCGACAAAUAGUGUAGUAACAACCAGUGACAAUGUAUUAAUUAGCAAUCAACUACCAUUUGAUAAUGGCAAUAAAAUGAAUUGA